AGAAGGAAGUUCAGAAACUGAAUUUAUGUUUUUGUGAAUUACUUUGACAUGUUGCAGAAGAUGUGUGUAGAUGGAGCUGUUUGUAGUUUGAGGGGACUAAACCGGUUCACUACCUGUGAAAAGGACUUUUAAUGUUUUAUAUGUGUUGGGUUGGUCUCUUUUUUUAUUGGUGUGUCAUAAAGUGCUGUAACUGGCUCCAUAGACAUGUUUUGAUAAGGGAGAUUAAAAGUCAAAGUCUCUCUGGUUCCUUCACUCUGUCCCUCGUUGUGACGCAGAUGCUUCCUCCGUGUUAAACUUUUGGUGUGGACUCUGCUAUGGAUCAGUGUGAGGACAGAGAGGAGGGAGACCCUCCCUCUGAAACCACUCUGUGUGGGAAACAUGACAGCCAGACCAAAGCUAAGAGGUGGAAGGUGAAAAAACCUGAACCCAGCUGUGUAUCCAUGAAGAGUGACCGGUCUAUGGGUCCUCCUAUAUGUUUCAAAGAUGAACACCACUCUGUUGAUCAAAGGAGGAAGCUGGAAAAACCUGAACCCAGCUGUGUAUCCAUGAAGAGUGAACGGUCUAUGAGUCCUCCUAUAUCGUUGAAAGAUGAACACCACUCUCUUGAUCAAAGAGUGGACCAGGAGAGCUCAGAGGUUCCCGGUGGUCACUCUGCCCAGCAGCAUCAAACAGACCUGGACUCCAUAUUUGUGCUGCUGGAGGAAAACAUCAUCACUUUUGUGAAGAACGAGCUGAAGAAGAUCCAGAAGGUUCUGUGUCCAGAUUACCCAGAAGGUUUAGAGAGUCAGAGGGAGGAUGAGGAGGUGUUAGAGGGUGAGGAUGAGGAGCAGAGGAGGAGAAGCAGAGAGGAGUUUCUGAAGAUCACACUUCACUUCUUGAGAAGAAUGAAGCAGGAGGAGCUGGCUGACUGUCUGCAGAGCAGAACUUGUGCUGCAGUGUGCCGACGUAAACUGAAGUCUAACCUGAAGAAGAAGUUCCAGUGUGUGUUUGAGGGGAUCACUAAAGCAGGAAACCCAACCCUUCUGAAUCAGAUCUACACAGAGCUCUACAUCACAGAGGGAGGGACUGCAGAGGUCAAUGAUGAACAUGAGGUCAGACAGAUUGAAACCGCAUCCAGAAAACCAGACAGACCAGAAACAACAAUCAGACAAGAAGACAUCUUUAAAGCCUCACCUGGAAGAGAUGAACCAAUCAGAACAGUGCUGACAAAGGGAGUGGCUGGCAUUGGGAAAACAGUCUUAACACAGAAGUUCACUCUGGACUGGGCUGAAGACAAAACCAACCAGGACAUCCACUUCACAUUUCCAUUCACCUUCAGAGAGCUGAAUGUGCUGAAAGAGAUAAAGUUCAGCUUGGUGCAACUUGUUCAUCACUUCUUUCCUGAAACCAAAGAAGCAGAAAUCUUCAGGUUUGGAGAGUUCCCAGUUGUGUUGAUCUUUGACGGUCUGGAUGAGUGUCGACUUCCUCUGGACUUCCACAACACUGAGAUCCUGACUGAUGUCACAGAGUCCACCUCAGUGGAUGUUCUGCUGACAAACCUCAUCAGGGGGAAACUGCUUCCCUCUGCUCGCCUCUGGAUAACCACACGACCUGCAGCAGCCAAUCAGAUCCCUGCUGACUGUGUUGGCAUGGUGACAGAGGUCAGAGGGUUCACUGACCCACAGAAGGAGGAGUACUUCAGGAAGAGAUUCAGAGAUAAGAAGCAAGCUAGAAGAAUCAUCUACCACAUCAAGACAUCACGAAGCCUCCACAUCAUGUGCCACAUCCCAGUCUUCUGCUGGAUCUCUGCUACAGUUCUGGAUCUGUUAAAAACCAGAGAGGGAGGAGAGCUGCCCAAGACCCUGACUGAGAUGUACAUCCAUUUCCUGGUGGUUCAGUCCAAAGUGAAGAACGUCAAGUAUGAUGGAGGAGCUGAGACAGAUCCACACUGGAGUCCAGAGAGCAGGAAGAUAAUUGAGUCUCUGGGAAAACUGGCUUUUGAUCAGCUGCAGAAAGGAAACCUGAUCUUCUAUGAAUCAGACCUGACAGAGUGUGGCUUCGAUGUCAGAGCAGCCUCAGUGUACUCAGGAGUGUUCACACAGGUCUUUAGAGAGGAGAGAGGACUGUACCAGGACAGGGUGUUCUGCUUCGUCCAUCUGAGUGUUCAGGAGUUUCUGGCUGCUCUUCAUGUCCACCUGACCUUCAUCAACUCUGGAGUCAAUCUGAUGGAAGAAGAACAAUCAACCUCCAAUCCUAAACUAAAACAUCUCUACCAGAGUGCUGUGGACAAGGCCCUACAGAGUCAAAAUGGACACCUGGACUUGUUCCUCCGCUUCCUCCUGGGUCUUUCUCUGGAGACCAAUCAGGCUUUCCUCAGAGGUCUGCUGACACAGACACGACGUGGCUCACAGACCAAUCAGGAAACAGUCAAAUACAUCAAGCAGAAGAUCAGUGUGGAUCUGUCUCCAGAGAGAAGCAUCAACCUGUUCCACUGUCUGAAUGAACUGAAUGAUCAUUCUCUAGUGAGACAGAUCCAGCAGUCCCUGACAUCAGGAAGUCUCUCCACAGAUGAACUGUCUCCUGCUCAGUGGUCAGCUCUGGUCUUCAUCUUACUGUCAUCAGAAACAGAUCUGGACGUGUUUGACCUGAAGAAAUACUCUGCUUCAGAGGAGGCUCUUCUGAGGCUGCUGCCAGUGGUCAAAGCCUCCAACAAAGCUCUGCUGAGUGGCUGUAACCUCUCAGAGAGAAGCUGUGAAGCUCUGUCCUCAGUCCUCAGCUCCCAGUCCAAUAGUCUGAGACACCUGGACCUCAGUAACAACAACCUGCAGGAUUCAGGAGUGAAGAGUUUUUCUGCUGGACUGAAGAGUCGACACUGCAGACUGGAAACUCUCAGUCUAUCAGGCUGUAUGAUCUCAGAAGAAGGCUGUGCUACUCUGGCCUCAGCUCUGAGCUCCAACCCUUUCCAUCUGAGAGAGCUAGACCUGAGCUACAAUCAUCCAGGAGACUCAGGAGAGAAGCUUCUGUCUGCUGGACUGAAGGAUCCACGUUGGAGACUGGAGACUCUCAGGAUGGACCAUGGUGGACUGCAGUGGUUGAGACCUGGUCUGAGGAAGUAUGUCUGUGAACUGGAACUGGACACAAACACAGUAAACAGAAGACUCAAACUGUCUGACAACAACAGGAAGGUGACACGUGUGGAGGAGCAUCAGUCAUAUCCUGAUCAUCCAGACAGAUUUGACUCCUGGCCUCAGCUGCUGUGUAGAACUGGUCUGACUGGUCGCUGUUACUGGGAGGUCGAGUGGAGAGGAGACGUUGAUAUAUCAGUGAGUUACAGAGGAAUCAGGAGGAGAGGAGACAGUAGAGACUGUGUGUUUGGAUCGAAUGAUCAGUCCUGGAGUCUGAGGUGCUCUAAUGGUGGUUACUCUGUCUGCUACAAUAAUAGAAGAACAAUCCUCUCCUCCUCCUCCUCCUCCUCCUCCUCUGGUAGAGUAGCAGUGUAUGUGGACUGUCCUGCUGGCUCUCUGUCCUUCUACAGAGUCUCCUCUGACUCUCUGAUCCACCUCCACACCUUCAACACCACCUUCACUGAACCUCUUUAUCCUGGGUUUGGGGUCUGGCCAUCUGGUUCCUCAGUGUCUCUGUGUCCUCUGCAGGUCUGAGAGUCUCUCCUGUGGACAGAAACUCAGAAGAUCAGCUGCCAGAAAACGCUAAUAUGUGGUGACUUUUGUGUCUCUAUUAUUGUUAUUAUGAUGAUUAUAGGUUUGAUUGCCAAACGCUCCACACUUAAAUCAUGUGAAAGAUUUUAAGAGCUAAAAUAUCUGUGAACGAAGUGUCAGCAAAUCUAAAAGUUUUGUCUGUAAAUCUAAAAUGUGUGCUUGUUGUUUAAACUUUUGGACUCCAAAGCAAACUAAACUUUUGAAUUUGCAAACUAAUUUGAUUUUGAAUGACAUUAAUAAAUCAUAAUGUUUUUUACUUUCAAUUAAACAUUUUAAUUGAUUUGGUUGCAUAAUAAAGAUACAAAAGUAAGCCCAUGCAUGA